AUGUCAUUACCUAACAUGUCCGUAUACACAUCUUUGAUCUUUAACAAUAUCCCUUUCAUAACACCAUGUCUCGAAUCUCAAUACCUUUCUGAAAAAGUAGUAUCAGCUGCUGUGGCAAUUCAUGAUCCACAUUAUAAAUCCUGCAUGGUUCUCGAGCACGUCGGUCUUCUCGUAAUAACCACUUCAAAUCAUACAUUCUUGAUUCAUUCAUGUCCUAUACCACCAGCUUAUGGUACAAUUAUCGAUCUGUUCACCCCAACUCUUUGUAAAAAAUAUCGAAUCACAAAUUUUUACCUACCAAAGGAUAACUUGAGAGUACGUGAUUUUUAUAUAGCAUGUGGUGGAAAUAAAGAAUGGGGUUGGGGAAUUGAUAAAAGUGGAACUUGUACUGAUAGUGUUUGGAGAAUGUUAGAUGCUUUAUUCUGUACCAAAGAAAAGGAUGUUUUGAGAUUAGAGUGGGCCAGAUUACAAGACGGAAAUUGGUUAACUAG